ACUCCUCAUCUUCCCGCGCAUCUACAUCAUCCUCAUACAUCCACACAUCUACCCCAUCGUUCAUCCACACAGGGUACAAGUGAGGUUUUGGUCCCUGCUUCUAUCUCAUCAGUUCUUUCAAGCGACAAUGUUAGGCUUAACAAAGUUCAGUUUGUCUAACUUAAAGGCCGCUACACAUGAAUUUUCAAAUGGGAAGUUGAUUGGAUCAAAUGACUGUAUUGUCUAUGAGGGUGAAUUGCAUGAUGGAGUGAUGGUUACUAUCAAGAAAUUUCGAAACCCACCGCGAAGUCUUGUGGCACGAUGGAAUGCUGAGCUUCAUCUUGCUUCAAAGCUUCAAAGCAAUGAUGCGGAGGCUCUAGGGAAUAACAAGUAUAUAAUCAGAGUUCUAGGAUAUGGCCAUGAGUUCUUAUGGGGACAUGAAUCCCUUGAACCUCAUUAUUUCCUAGUCGAGGAAUACUUGCCAAACGGAAACAUGGGCGACAUUAUUUAUGGUUCUCAAUCUGUUAAUUGGUCCUCCCGAUUUCUGAUAAUUCAGGGAUUAGCCCACGGCCUAAAUUACCUACAUGAGCAAAACAUUGUCCAUAUGAACGUGAAACCAGCCAACAUCCUCUUGGAUUCUGAUAUGAAUCCAAAGCUAACUGAUUUUGGAAUAGCUAGAACGUUGAAGCAACCGAUGGUUGAAGAUGAAAACAUAGCAGGCACAGUGGGUUAUAUGCCUCCUGAAUAUAUCUUGGAAGGUACUUUGUCGAUGAGGUACGAUGUCUACAGCUUUGGUGUAACCCUCCUUGAGACUAUUAGUGGUAUGUGCAGAGAUGUACCUGCUCGUCACCAUGCUUCAGUUCCAUGGGCCUGGAAUGUGCGAGAAAGUAAACAACAAAUGGAGGAUCUAUUUGACCGGUCCUUGUACAAGGAAUCUCAACUAACAGAGAUAAAGAGGUGCUUGGAUAUAGGACUACUGUGCACUCAAUUUGAGCCGGGCAAGCGCCCUACCAUGGCGGAAGUUCUCGACAUGCUUGAUGGCAAGAAACAGUUAUUAGCAACCCCAAAGCAACCGGAAUACACCAAAAGAAGGAGCCAGCCAUAAGACCAGAAGUGGGAGGUAGCAACACGCCCAAAUGGCAUGUAGCAUAAUUGAUCCAUCAUACUCAUACAAUUAAUUAUUUUCCAAAAAUCUACUGUGACCGAAGUUGUAAAUACAAUUGAUUCGCUCGUAACAAGAAUACAAAAAAUUGCAAGCAAGCGCGGGUGCGGUGUAAGGCGUAAGUUGCAAAUACAAUUGAUUCGCUCAUAAUAAGAAGUGGUAAAACAAAUGUCAAA